UCCUCUCAGAAAGCUGCAGCUCCGAGAGGAAAAGGAAAAAAGUCUGGUCGAGCCUUUCCGGUCUGAGAGACAGUCUGCUGCCGAGAGCCGGAGCUGGGGGGACGCGCUGGCAGAGGCGGAGAGAUCCUGACCGAGGAGCAGCGAGGACAGAGCGGGGCAGGGAGCGCGUAACGCCCGGUAACCCCGCACGGGAGCACCGCAGCCCCACAUGCAGUUUCUACCUGUUUUUUACGUAAAUGAAUUCGUCCUGUGUGCGGUGUGAAGAGGAGGAGAGUUGGCGCACAGCAGAAUGUCUCCUCGGAUAAGAGCGCACACGGUUCUCGCUCCGCGCUCCCCCAUCCGCGCGUCUCUCCGUGCCCGUGGAUCCGCCGCAGAGCUCCGGCCGGUGCCCGUCCUCCUCUCCACCGCCCCGCUGCUCCCACCUGCGAGUGUUUGUCCGAGACGUGGUUACAUAACUCGGCGUCUUUGUCGCUGACUCCACCGCCGCACCACCAGAGCCAGGAGCGGGGAGAGCCGAGGCUGCUCUUCCGCCCCAGCGGCAUCAGCAGCGGCAGGAUUUAAAGCCUGGAGGGACGAGGAGGAGGCUGGAAACCUGAGUCCAGCGGUGAUGAGAACUCACCACGAGUGGAUUUCACUGGUUUGCUGCCAGACGCAUCUGGAAAGGAUCACACAGGGAUCCACUCCCCCUCCAGAGGAGCAGGGGAUAAUUCACAUCUCAGACAUUUCAGGGUUUCACUGCUGCCUCCCACCCUGAGUGUUCAUGAGCGGUUACAACCUUCUCCUGAGAGCCACAGAACCAGAUUUCCUCCUGGCCCCGGUGGGUUUGGACAUGUUGGACAACCCUGGCCCACAGUAGUUGACCACAAGGCCGAGCAUCGUCUUCCAGAAGUCAGAUUAGUGAUCCUGCAGGGUUUCCUCGGAGCCAUGCAGUGAAGAUGUGUGCAGCCAGGUUCAGUGGCUGCCUCAAUGGCUGUGCAGAGGAGGCUGCCGCGGGGGCCGCCGGUCCGGUCAUGGCCUCCAGGAUGAUGGACUGGACCGAGGCCGGUCCCCGCAUCCUCCACAGCCUGGAGAUGGGCACGGUGAUGACCGUCUUCUACCAGAAGAAGUCCCAGCGGCCCGAGAGGAGGACGUUCCAGAUACGGCAGGACACGCGACAGAUAGUGUGGAGCCGAAACCCUGACAAAGUAGAAGGAGAGAUCGACAUACGGGAGAUCCGGGAGCUGCGGCUGGGGAAGGGCUCCAGGGAUUUUGAGCGCUACCCAGAGGAGGCUCGUAAACUGGACUCUGCUCACUGCUUCAUCGUUCUCUACGGCCUGGAGUUUCGCCUCAGGACGCUAAGUGUGGCCGCGUUCAGUGAGGAGGAGGUUAACAUCUGGGUCACAGGUCUGAACUGGCUGAUGAUUGACACUCAGAGAGCGCCGGCUCCGCAGCAGAUCGACAGGUGGCUGAGGAAGCAGUUUGAAGUCAUGGACAGGAACCAUGAGGGCAGCGUCACGGUGAAGGAAGUGAAAGCUCUGCUGCCUCAGGUCAACUACAGAGUCCCCAACAUGCGUUUUCUCAAAGACAAACUACAGGAAGUGGAGGCGAGGAGCGAUUUGUCGUACCCCAACUUUGCACAGCUCUACAGGACGCUCAUGUUUGACGCACAGAGGAGUAUUAUUGAGCAGCUGGAGCUCUCCUUCCCUCUGAGGAACGUGGACAGACCGGAGCUUUGUCAGAUCUCUCUCUACGACUUCCAGAAGUUUUUACAGAUGGACCAGAAGGAGUCCUGGGCGUCGGAGCUGAGCCGCGUCAGAGAGUUUCUGAUGGGGUACAUGAGGGGGGGCCCACACCCUGAGCCGAUGCUUCAACUAGAUGAGUUCCUGACCUUCCUGUUCUCUAAAGAGAACUCGGUGUGUGACCCUCGACUGUCGCCCGUUGUUCUCGACGACAUGAAGAGACCUCUGUCUCAGUACUGGAUCUCCUCCUCACACAACACCUACCUGACGGGCGACCAGUUUUCCAGUGAAUCGUCUCUAGAAGCCUACGCCCGCUGUCUGAGGAUGGGCUGCCGCUGCAUCGAACUGGACUGCUGGGACGGACCGGACGACCUGCCGAUCAUCUACCACGGCCACACGCUGACCUCCAAGAUCAAGUUCCUGGACGUGCUGCACACCAUCAAAGAACACGCCUUCGUCACGUCCGAGUUUCCUGUGAUUCUGUCCAUCGAGGAUCACUGCAGCGUCGUCCAGCAGAGGAACAUGGCCACGCACUUCAAGAAGGUGUUCGGAGACCUGCUGCUCGUCAAACCCGUCGACAACAACGCAGAGGAGCUUCCUUCACCGCACCAGCUCCGCAGGAAGAUCCUCAUCAAGCACAAAAAGCUGGUGGAGGGAACUCUGUACGAGGAGGUGGCGUCAGCCAGCUACUCCGAGAACGACAUCAGCAACUCUCUGAAGAACGGCAUCCUUUACCUCGAGGACCCCAUCGACCACACGUGGACUCCACAUUAUUUCGUCCUGACCAGUAAUAAGAUCUACUACUCAGAGGAGACGUCUCACUACCAGACGGCUGAUGAAGAGGAGGAUGACGAAGGAAAAGAGGAGCACAACAACAACAACAACAACAACGAGCAGCACUGCGCCGAGCGUUGGUUCCACGGGAAGCUCGGCGGAGGGCGAGACGGUCGGCAGGUGGCGGAGAAGCUGCUGCAGGAGUACUGCGAGGGCGGGGCUAAAGACGGCACCUUCCUGGUCAGAGAGAGCGAGACGUUUGUCGGAGACUUCACCCUCUCCUUCUGGCGCUCCGGUCGCGUCCAGCACUGCAGGAUCCACUCACGUCAGGAGUCUGGCUCCACCCGCUUCUACCUGACCGACAACCUGGUGUUCGACAGCCUCUACUGCCUCAUCUGCCACUACAGGGACACGCCGCUGCGCUGCAACGAGUUUGAGAUGAGGCUGGGAAACCCCGUCCCCCAACCCAACGCACACGAGAGCAGAGAGUGGUAUCACUCCAGUCUGUCCCGGGUUCAGGCCGAACACAUGCUGAUGCGUGUUCCCAGAGACGGAGCGUUCCUGGUGCGAAAACGAAGCGAACACAACUCCUUCGCCAUCUCGUUCAGGGCGGAGGGUAAGAUCAAGCACUGCCGUAUCCAGCAGGAGGGACGUCUCUUCAUGCUCGGCAGUUCAGCAGAGUUUGAGAGUCUGGUGGAUCUGGUGAGCUACUACGAGAAACAUCCGCUUUACCGCAAGAUGAGGCUCCGCUACCCGAUCAACGAGGACACUCUGGACCGGAUGGGAACCACGGAGCUCGACUACGGAGCUCUGUACGAAGUCCGCACGCCUCAUUUCUACGUGGAGGCCAAUAAGAUGCCCACAGCUCGGUGUACGGUCAAAGCUCUGUACGACUAUCGGGCUCAGAGGGAAGACGAGCUCUGUUUCCCCAAACAGGCGCUCAUCCUCAACGUGGACAAGCAGGAGGGCGGCUGGUGGCUAGGAGAUUACGGUGGGAAGAAGCAGCUGUUGUUUCCUGCAAACUACGUGGAGGAGGUUCCCAGUUCCCCCACCAGAGAGCAGGAGGACGUGUCGACAGAGAACAGUCCUCUGGGAACUUUCCUCAAGGGCUUCAUCGACGUUCCCUCCGGCCACGUGGUGGUUCAUAAAGACGGUAAAAAUUCGCGGCCGUACGUCUUCACCAUCCACUCGCAGCAUCUCUCCUCUCACCCGGUGCAGACGCUGGACGUGGCGGCCGACAGUCUGGAGGAUCUGACCAGCUGGGUCGCCAAGAUCAGAGAGGCUGCGCAGAACGCUGACGCACGGAUGCAGGAGGAGAAACAGAUGGAGAGGAGGAAGAAGAUCGCGGUGGAGUUGUCGGAGCUCGUGGUUUAUUGCCGACCUGUCCCCUUCAAUGAAGACAAGAUCGGCACGGAGAGGACGUGUUAUCGGGACAUGUCGUCGUUCCCGGAGACGAAGGCUGAGAAGUUUGCGACUCGCAGCAGAGGGAAACGCUUCCUGCAGUACAACCGCCGCCAGCUCUCCAGAGUUUAUCCCCGAGGACAGAGGCUGGACUCAUCCAACUACGACCCGCUGCCCAUGUGGCUCUGCGGCUCCCAGCUGGUCGCACUCAACUUCCAGACCCCAGAUAAACCCAUGCAGCUGAACCAGGCGUUGUUCAUGCU